AUGGACGUUUCGGCGCCGACUAUUCCUGCGAGGAAGCAGGCUUUCAUCACAGCGCAAAUUACUCUGCUCUCGCAGCCUGUUGCCCCGUCGCGCGCCUGGCGCGCCACAAACGACGCGUCCAACACGCCCAUCCGACGACGUAUGGUGGACGAUGCCGUCUUUGAGUUCAACCGCAUCGUUGACGAGCACUGCCAACGCGCAUAUGCGCCUCAGGCCAGCCGAAAUCUAGCGGAACGGAUCAGCACCAUCUACAUUGGACAGAUGGACCGCCGAGAAGGCGGCGCAGAUGACGUCGAUGGAGGUGUUGGCAAGGAGGUAGAUUUGGCCAACGAUGGCACCAUUGAGUCACUCCCCGUUUCUUGGCCGUCGGAAGAAGAAGCUGUAGCCAAACCCGAGGACGCGCAAACGUACGCCCGGUCCGUCUCCCGCCUGGCCGAGCUCAGCAAGGAGCGGCAGCAGGUCCAGCUCCGCAUGGAAAAGCUCCGGCGGCUACAGUCCGCGAUUCAACCGCUGCGCACAUCGGAGUCGGGCAAGGGCGUACAAGAAAACUUGGUCACCCGCGCGGGGGCCAUGGAGAGGGAGCUGGAAAAGAUGCGCGACCUGCUUGGUCGCGUAGCUGGCCGUGUUGACCGCCUUCGAGAUGCGAGCGCCAAUGCACGUUCGAGAGAUUUAGUGGAUGUGGACGAGCUGCGGACAUCGAGGAAGAGGGCUGUGGAUGAUUUCCUCGCCGAUUCCAAGGUGUUUCCGGGCUGA